AUGCAGGAGACGGGAGCCAAUGUCAACAUUCCCUCACAACACACGGCGCACUUUGACCACCUCUCUUGCUGGGAAUUACUCGUCUUUCUCACUAUUAUCCAACACUACCACCGUCCCGGUGUCCACUACGAGUCCCACAACUACCGUGAGGAGUACCGCUCCCCCAUCAAAACAUCAACUGACUUCUCUCUUCUUUUCCUUCUAUCCAGCCCUGCCCCUCCCGCUCCUGCUCCUGCUCCCUCUCAAUACACCACUCAGCAAGAGUUCCACGACACUCGCAUCCACCACCACGACACUCGCGUUGAGAUCGACACCCGUCACCACGAGCACCUGGUAAACCCGAUUGAUAAAAUCGAACGCCAGUACCGUCAACGCUUCCAGCCUACCUACCACAAGGAGGAAGUCACCGUCGAGACCUACCCGGCUCCUCACCACCACCACCACCACUCUCACUCCGACCACCACUCGGAUCACCACUCCCACCACCAGCACUCCCACUUCGACGAGUACACCGUCGAGUCUGAGCGCCCCCGUCCUCAGCAGUACAAGGAAACCAUCACGGUUACCGAAGAGACCAUCGAGCCUACUCACGUCUCCAAGCCCCAACACAAGUCUUCCAAGAUGGGUUACUACGACGAGGAUGUCUCCGAGGUUCGCGCCGCUUCCGCCCCCCGCCGCCAGUCUUCCGGCUCUGGCUCCGGUGCCCCUCGCAUUCCCAACACCGUCACCAUCCCCUGCCACCACAUCCGCCUCGGCGACUUCUUGAUGCUCCAGGGCCGUCCCUGCCAGGUCAUCAAGAUCUCCACCUCCGCCGCCACCGGCCAGUACCGCUACCUCGGUGUCGACCUCUUCACCAAGCAGCUCCACGAGGAGUCCUCCUUCAUCGCCAACCCCGCCCCCAGCGUCGUUGUCCAGACCAUGCUCGGCCCCGUCUUCAAGCAGUACCGCGUCCUCGACCUCUCCGAUGGUCACGUCACUGCCAUGACCGAGACCGGCGACGUCAAGCAGGGCCUGCCCGUCAUUGACCAGUCCGACCUCUGGUCCCGCCUCAACAACGCCUUCGAGUCCGGCCGUGGCUCCGUCCGCGUCCUUGUCCUCAACGAUGCUGGCCGUGAGCUCGCCGUCGACGUCAAGGUCAUCCACGGCUCCCGUCUGUAA